AUGGGGAAGCGUGUGACUUUUGCUAAGGAUAUGGACAAAACAGUGAGGUACAACGCUCUCGAGGAAGCCGAUGCCGACGACGAUUUCGAAAAUUUCGACAAGGUCGAUAGCCAAGAUGACGAUGCAUGUUCGCCCUCUUUCCUGGACAAUUGGAACCAUGAAUGCAAGGUUUGGGAUCAAAACUUUCGACGUCUGCAAAAGAUAGCAUUAACUGAAGGCGUCAUAAUUGCAAUCCUGCUGGGCCUAGUUGUUUUUCUUGGAUUCCAGCUCUUCUGGCAUCGCCAUGAUGAAAUCCCGCUUGGCGUUGAUCCGAGUGGGUUUGUUCCUCCGGAAAUUGGGCAGCCACUUAAGUGGAUGAAAUAUGAUGAUGAAAGCGAUCCACACUUUUUUAAAGCCGAUGUGUUUGAGAGCCUCGAAAGCGUGCAAAGGGCAGCUAGAGAAUUCAAGAUGCUGCAUAAUGGUUUGCUAGCUUCCAACGUACGUAUAAACGGAAAGUACACAACUUAUAUGGAUUUCAAUGAUGAGAAGCAACCAUUACCCGCCUACAUUACGCGGAAAGGCUCAGAGCUGUAUAGCAUCAGAGCGUUCCACCAAAUGCACUGUGUGUCUAUAAUUUUCGAGGACAUUGGAUACAGAGUGCUCAACAAAACUCCAAAGUGGGAAACAGGGCAUGUUAUUCAUUGCCUUAACACUUUAAGAUCAGCUGUUACCUGUUUAGCUGACGCCACACCUAUAUCCUAUGUAAAUGGAAUGGGAGUUGGUCAUACUACGGAUGAUCAACAGUCACAUUGUCGGGAUUUCUUUGCCCUGAGAGAAUGGGCUCACGACCCCGUCCGAUCUGUGAAGUGGAUGAAUGUCGCACCAGAUGACAAGAAAGAUGUGUAUCAGGAGAUAUUGCCUUGA